CCGGCGGCCCUCCAGACUCCCGUAUAGCCUGACAGCGGUAGGAACUCUGUCGACUUUUAGAAUCAGAUUCACAGGCGGGCCAGUAGUCUCGAGUAUUCUCACUCCGCAGUUUACCUCAAACCCAAUUUCGUAUUCGCGAAAAUAUUGCACGGUUAUAAAGAGUUCAACACCUGCCCACGUGACCAUGACACCGAAGACCGCCUUCGCGAUCAUCACUGGACUCCUCGUGGCGACCCAAGUUCUCGGAUAUCCACCGCAGGAUCGACUCAUGCCAGACGGAGCUCCUGUUCCUGAGGACGCUAACGUCCAUGAGGAUUCCGUGGCGGCCGCAUCCGAGGCCGGAAGUGACGAGUACGACGAUUCGGAUAUGUACAUGGAGCCGGACGAGGCGGAAUCGAGUCCCGGUGAUCAGACGUCCGCGUCGGCACGGCACACGGUGAACGAGGAGGCGGUUGCCAUCGUGGAUGAGACUCUGCCUGAGGUCCUGGGGAAGCUGGAGGACCGGGCCGAGGUCCUUCCGUCAGCGGAGAACGCGGGGCUUCGCAGAGAGUUCGUGGACAAGAGUCUGGAGUCGGAGAGUCAAAACUUCUUCCCGAGUUUCGCCCAGCUGUUCACCAACCAUCGUCUCCCUUUCGAGGAACAACAGCAGCAGCAACACUACAGGCCUAACCGGUUCCUUGGGUACUUCCAGAGGGAACGCGGUGCUUACAAUGCACCCGCUGAGGACCAGCCGCAUCCUCUUCUCGGAUCCGGAAACUUCGGAGUCAUUCGGGGAGGGACCUACUACAGUGACGAGAAGGACAAGGACGAGUACUCCGUUGGCGAGACCCUUUUCAAUCCUUAUUUCCAUGGACUGAAUCCCAACGCGAAGUCGAACUACUACAGGAACCCGAAACCGCAGCCGGUUCGCGGCGGUGACUUUUUCGCGAACUUCCGGGACUUCGCCGACAUCACGGCGCCGCCCAAAUCCAGCUUCUCUCACUUGUCCAUCGUCUAUGCGAAUAAAAACGGGACUACGGAGCGCGUUGCUGAGCCCAGAAACAUCAUCGAGACCCUCAGGAUGCUCGAGGAAGAGUCCGAGCUUACCACCACCGAGAUUCCGCAGAAGAAAAUCAGCAGCGGAAAGCGGAAGCUGCUCAAGCUGAAAAAGUACCAGGAAGACAAGGCCAGGAAGUCUCGCAUGGCCGUUGAACCUCUUCUCGCGCUGAGUUGAACAUGAGAAGUUAAGCUAGGUCUCGAGUACUUCGGGACACAAGAGACUUGCUGAGGGACGCAUCCCACGUAAACUGGCCUUGAUCGGAACCAAAGUCUGACUCUUCGACCCUUCGACCUCGACCUCUUCAUCCGUCAGGGGCAACGUCGAUUUUAGAUAAAACGCGAGUAGAGAGGAUUAGGAAUCGGGAAGUACUCGCAAGUUUUUCUCGCGACAAAAACGCAACGGCGAAAUAUCAGGACUCUAAAAAUCGUUCAGAUCCCUCUAGUCUUCUGGUUGUUUCAAAUGUUGCGAGCAACAAAAUCAUCAUUGACAUCUUGACCUCGCAGUUAAAUUUUAAGCAUUACGAUCAGUCGGGUAAAGCAAACUGCGUGAUACUCGACGCGUCAUUUAUAAUUUUAUGUAUAUCAUCGCAAAACAUUACGAUUCCUCAGGAUGGAUCGCUCUGCAAAAUCGCGGGAGUCCGUCGUGAGGAAAUGAUCAUUAUACCACCAUUUUACAUACGUCGAUGCCUGCAACGAAAUCAAAAUCGCCUAAUUGCAUGUAAAUGUAAAUUUGUAUAAUCACAAUAAUUUCGCUGCAGACGUUGGCUAUUUGUUAUAUUAUUUGUUGUUGACUAUUGUAGUGUGACUAGUGUUACAUGAUGUAAUGUAAAAGUGUAAAAUGAAAACCUGAAAAAAAAGUGGGAGA